AUGAUUUCUGCGCUCAGAAUUUUCUCUCAAGUUCAACUAAUCCCUCUCUGUCUUAAUACCAGCCUCUCUCUCUUUCCUCGCCCUUCUCUUGCACUGAAACCCAUGAAACACCGGUUGUUCUGUGCUAAGGCUACUACUAAUGAUGAUCUUAAUAGUAGUCGUCCUUCGAAGCACUUUGCUCCCUCUCUUUGGGGAGAUCACUUCCUCUCUGUUCCCCUCAACGGCGAAGAAUUUGAUGAGCUAGAAAAAGAGAUUAAAUUUAUGAAGCCUCUGGUAAAGGACAUGCUCAUGUCUUCUCAUAGCAGCGACAAGGAGAGGAUUCGUCUCAUCUAUUUGCUUAUCAGCCUCGGAGUUUCUUAUCAUUUUGAAAAGGAGGUCGAAGAGAUCCUUAACCUCAGCUUCUCAAAGUUGGAUGACAUAAUUGCGGGGGAAGAUGAUCUGGAAACAAUCUCCAUUAUGUUUGAGGUUUUCAGACUGUACGGUCACAACAUGUCUUGUGAUGCCUUCGAUAGAUUCAGAGGUGAAGAUGGUAGGUUCCAGGAGACUCUAGCCAGAGAUGUUAGAGGAAUGCUACAGCUGUUCCAAAUAGCGCAUCUGGGGACACCCUCUGAAGACAUAAUGGACGAAGCGCUGAGUUUUACGCGGAACCACUUGGAGUCUUUAGAUGGCGAUAACGCAUCCAGUGCUAUUGCUCCCCAUCUCUUCAAGCAUAUACAAAACGCACUCUACAUACCUCGAUACGGUAACAUAGAAGUACUAGUGGCAAGGGAAUAUAUAUCUUACUAUGAACAAGAUGAAAGUCACAAUGAGAUCAUUCUCAAGUUUGCAAAGCUUAACUUCAAUUUCUGCCAGUUUCAUUACAUCCAAGAACUCAAAACUCUCACCAGAUGGUGGAAGGACUUAGAUCUUGCAUCUAAGUUACCUCACAUUAGGGACAGACUUGUGGAGUGCCAUUUUAUGUCUCUAGGAGCAUAUUUCGAGCCGAAAUAUUCACUUGGGAGAAUCAUAGUGGCUAAAAUCACGAUGAUCGUGGUUGUCGUGGAUGACACAUAUGAUGCAUAUGCAACUCUUCCCGAAGCCAUUGCUCUUACCGAAUGUUUGCAGAGAUGGAAUAUUGAUUCCAAUGGUAAAGUACCUGAAUAUUUGCGAAUCGUCCUCCAAAGUCUAUUUGAGGUCAUGGGAGAGAUUGAACGAGAAAUGAGACCGAAAGGAAGAUCAUACGGCGUGAAACAAGUGGUAGAGAAGAUCAAGAUCGUUGUGAAAGCAUACAAAGAGUUAGCAAAAUGGACACAGACGGGUCACAUGCCAACCUUUGAAGAGUACAUGAAGAUUGGGUUGGUGACAGCCGGAAUGGGUGAUUUUGCUGGGUACUGCUUUAUAGGUAUGGAAGAUAUCAGUGAGAAGGAAUCUUUUGAGGGGCUCAGUUCGAAACCUCUAAUCUUUAAAGCUCUGGAUGCAAUGUUCCGUCUCGCUAAUGACGUAGGGUCGUACGAGACCGAGACGAGCAGAGGAGAGAUGGUUAAUGCUCUCAACUGCUACAUGAAGCAACAUGGAGUCACCAAGGAAGAAGCAUCCCAAGAGCUGCGUAAAAUAUAUAGAGACAACUACAAAGUAGUUAUGGAGGAGUUCAUGAGCACACAUGGUUAUGUGCCACGACAAGCUCUUCUUCGAUGCCUCAGCUUUGCACGAAUCUUCGACGUGUUUUACAAGGAGGGUGAUGGAUACUCUGACCCCAAAGGCAAAAUCGAACGCUUUAUGACCUCCUUGUACGUUCAUCCAAUACUGCUUUGAGCCUUUGACUUGGAAUGCACACCGGUUCUAAUUUAGUUAAACCUUGCUUUCUUUUUUGAUACUUUCUACAAAUAAAAUUUCACACUCUACAAUCUAGG